AUGCGCUUUGGCCUUUACUUUGUUUCGGCCACGCGAAAUCAGUCUCCAAUCACAUACGGGAGGCCCGCAAGCCCUUUUUGUUCACCAAGGAGUACCGCGUUUACUCUUCCAUUUGGUACCUGCAACACUAUUCCUCCCUUCGAAAAGCAGCGCUGGAUCUUGAAGGACCCCGCGGCGGCAGCCGAAAGGAUUUGGACAACUGGCGCCCUCCUUUCCGACCUGGGCCUUACACCAACAUAUGCACACUAUCCCUUUCAACACGAACAGAGCCAGCUCGCUCAUGAUCCAGAAGGCCAAGAGUCCUCUCGCGGCGCAUGGACAUUCCCGGAGGAAACACCUCCACCCUUUUUUGCAUUGUUUGAUCUGCCGCCAUCCAGCAACCCACCGCGCGUCUGGGCGCCUCCGCGUCCUCCGACAAAGACCAAAGGGACAGAAACCUGGCAGCUGACAGCUGAGCGCCGGACAUCCGUGCCCCGACAAUGCAUGUUGGUUUCCCAAGCAAGCUCGGCUCUUUCUCGGGGCCGGCGACUCGUUUCCCCCGCUCUGGUUGACUUCCGGCCAUGGCGGCGACUGGGGAUGCCUAUUUUUGAUUCGUGGCGCAUGCACUUGCUGCGUCUGUUUGACUUUCCGCGGAAUCCAGGAGACGUUGUACCAACUCCUGACAAUGGCUUCUUGGAGGUUGUGCCCAGGGACCCGGAGGCGCAGGCGCGCGUGCCGCUCGCGGACUAUACUGGGAGGUUGUUGGCUCUUGUUGGUGCUCAACGCGAGGAUGAUUAUAAGUAUGGUGUUUUUGGAAGUGUCAGAAGGGAGGUUGUCCCGUAA